UUGAACAUCAAUUUUCCACUCUAUUCCAACAUCUUCAACUUCACGCCCAAAAUGAAAACUGCUCCCCAAUUCCAAGAUUUCCCUAACCCUAACCCUAAUUUUGAAGAUCAAUUUGCAUAUACAACAACCCAUCAUCAUCAUGAUCAACUCAACGGUUCCAAGUACUUCCGCGAUAUCUUCAACUACCUCAUGUCCGACGAGGACUUGGAGGAAUUAACUUCAGAUCUGCACAGUAGAACUGCUUCUGAGAAUAUUGCAGAUCUCUUCGAUCAGUUUUCGAGCUCAGCUCCGUUUGUUGAUCAUAACAUAAAACGUAGAAGAAAAGUGAAAAUAUACAAAGCCCAUGAGGAGUUUAGGCUUGCGUUUAGAACAAGAUCUGAUCUUGAAGUCAUGGACGAUGGAUUUAAAUGGAGAAAAUAUGGGAAAAAGAAGGUCAAGAGCAGCCCUAAUCCUAGGAAUUAUUACAAAUGUACAAGUGAAGGAUGCAGUGUGAAGAAAAGGGUGGAAAGAGAUAGAGAGGAUUCAAGCUAUGUGAUUACAACCUAUGAAGGAGUACACAACCAUGAGACCCCUUCCCUCAAUAUUCAUAUCUCUUCUCUAUAAAUCCCUCUUCUUCUUUCUUUCUUUUUUAAUAAAAAAGAAAAUAUAUAUAUAUAUAUAUAUAUAUAUAUAUACGGAAUAUAUAGCAUCUCCUAAAAU